AUGAUCACCGACGUCCAGUUGGCCGUUUUCUCGAACAUCCUCGGGGUGAUGCUCUUCCUUUUGGUGGUUAUCUUCCACUAUAUAAACGCUAACUAUUCGAAAUGAUCCGUCGGCGAAAUGGAGAAGGCUACCAUAACCUCAAACAUGAAAACGCUCGCCGUGAAAAAGUUUCACAGCUCUAUGAGCACUCCAUUCAAGAUCAUUAAUGUAAAAUUAUCAAUUUCUUUUGUACACACACAACAUUCUUUUACGCGAUGAAAGUCGUGACGUUUCCUGAAUAAAGAAAACUCAUGUCAUGUAUCGCA